CUAUUCUCCCAUCUCUUUCUGCUUCUGAAGUUGUUAUCAAGACACCGACACACAGGGAAAUGGAGAGGAAAGGCAUAGAUGAACUGGAAGUGAAUGAUAUAAUCAAGGCAGGUCUAUGCAUAGACAAUGCCAAAGAGUUUCACAAAAUCCUCAAAGAAACAAUUGGUGCUGCUAAAGGGUCAGACCCUAGAGAGUUGUGGCAAAAGCUGGUGGCUAAAAGAGUGCUAAAGCCAUGUUAUCCACAUGGGCUGCACCAACUGGUUUACUACUCUGUCUAUGCUCACUGGGAUUCCACCAACAAUGGACCUCCUCUUUACUGGUUCCCUUCUCUGGAUCAGUCAAAACAUACAAACUUGGGAAGGAUAAUGGAAGUUCAUGGUCCAAGGCUUUUAGGGACUUCAUACAAGGACCCUAUUUCAAGUUUUAAUCUCUUUCAGAAAUUCACUGCUCAACAUCCCGAGGCUUAUUGGUCAAUACUUCUGAAAGAACUUCCAGUUGUAUUUCGUGAACCUCCAAGGUGCAUUCUAGACACCACUGACAAAUCGAAACGAUGGGGAACCUGGCUUCCAGGUUCAGUUUUGAAUAUUGCUGAAUGCUGUUUACAGCCCAGUAGACAUCCUCGAAAAGAUGAUGAUAGUUUGGCAGUCAUAUGGAGAGAUGAAGGUUGUGAUUCCAAACUUCAUUGUAUGACAUUAAAAGAACUUCGAGAACGAGUAAUGUUAGUGGCAAAUGCAGUGGAUGCAACAUUUUCAAAGGGGGAUGUAAUUGCGAUUGAUAUGCCAAUGACAGUCCAUGCGAUUAUAAUAUAUUUUGCGAUUAUUCUAGCAGGAUGCGUUGUUGUAUCCAUUGCUGAUAGCUUUGCAGCAAAGGAAAUUGCUACUCGUUUGCAUGUGUCAAACGCAAAGGGUAUCUUUACUCAGGAUUUUAUACUGAGAGGGGGAAGAAAGUUCCCCUUAUACAGUCGAGUCGUAGAAGCUGCUCCACAUAAAGCUAUUGUGCUCCCCGUGAGUGGGAAAAAUGUAUGCAUUAAAUUAAGAGAACAGGAUCAAUCUUGGGGAGAUUUUCUUGCCAGUGUCAUAAACCUUCCAAGGCCAAAUCAUUACUCUCCAGUUUAUAAUCCAAUAGACUUUCCGACUAACAUACUCUUUUCAUCUGGAACCACAGGUAACAAAAUUGCUCACCAAGUAUUUAGUGUUUGCCAUACUUUGGCUUUCUGUUGUCUCAUAAGUUUUUUACUUGGUCAUUGGUCCGAAUCAGGAGAACCAAAAGCUAUACCAUGGACACAGCUUUCGCCAAUUCGAGCAGCUAACGACGGAUGGGCUUAUGUUGAUCUUCAAGUUGGAGAUGUUUUCUGCUAUCCUACAAAUCUAGGAUGGGUAGCAGGACCAAUUGUGCUUUAUGAAGCCUUUCUAAGCGGUGCAACUUUUGCUCUCUAUCAUGGAUCUCCUCUUGGCGGUGGUUUUGGAAAAUUUGUUCAGGAUGCCGGUGUGACUAUUCUGGGCACGAUCCCAACUAUGGUAAAAGCUUGGAAGAGUACAAAUUGCAUGGAAGGCUUAAAUUGGACAAAGAUAAGAUCCUUUGUUACUGCUGGAGAAGCCUCUGAUGUUGAUAAUGUCCUUUGGCUUUCUUCAAGAGCUUAUUACAAGCCCAUUAUUGAAGUUUGUGGAGGCACGGAGCUUGCAUCAAGCUACCUCCAAGGAACUUUAUUGCAGCCACAAGCCUUUGGAGCGUUAAGCACUGCCUCAAUGGCUACAGGCGUUGUCAUCCUUAACGACAACGGAGUUCCUUAUCCAGAUGAUCAACCAUGUGUUGGUGAAGUAGGCUUGUUUCCUUUAAUCAUGGGAGCAUCAGAUAGAUUGCUUAAUGCUGAUCAUGACAAAAUUUACUUCAAGGGAAUGCCAAUGUAUAAAGGAAUGCAACUCAGGAGACAUGGAGAUAUCAUUAAGAGAACUGCUGGAGGCUAUUUCAUUGUGCAAGGCAGGGCUGAUGACACCAUGAAUCUUGGUGGCAUUAAGACAAGUUCUGUCGAAAUCGAACAUGCGUGUAACAAUGUUGAUCAAAGCAUAGUGGAAAGUAUUGCAAUAAGUGCAGCACCAGAAGAUGGAGGUCCAGAACUCCUUGUAAUGUUUGCUGUACUAAAGGAAGGAUACAGUUCAAAACCAGAAGAUUUGCAGAAGAAAUUCACCAGAGCCAUACAGACCAACCUCAAUCCUUUGUUCAAGGUAAACCAUGUGAGGAUUGUUCCCGAGAUUCCUAGAACUAGUUCGAACAAGUUAUUAAGGAGAGUUUUAAGGGACCAAAUGAAGAAAGAGCUGUCCGUUCGAAGUAAAAUAUAAUAGGAACAAGAACGUGUUUGAAUAUGAAAAUAUAAAAAUAAAUUCAUCUCUGAAGUAUUUUUAAAGUAAUUUUUUGUUUAAAAACACAAGGAGAACCCAUCUCUUCUGUCUCAUCCAAGGCUUGGUUCUUUGAUAAGUAAUGCUUUUUUGCUGUCUUGAUUCAAAAACAAAUGUAAAAUGUCUGCAAUUUUAUUGUUCAGUAAAUUUAUGGGGUGGCUAACAAUGGAUUUCUGAUUUA